AUGGCACCGCCGCAGGUAAGGUUCCCCAUCCGAGUGCAGAACUGCGACCCGCCAACUCAAACCGAAUUAGUCGCCAGACAGGACCCAAAAUGGCUUGCCUGGACGGUCAAGGAGGAGAAGGAAACCGUGGGUAAGGAGCCGCCAAUGAGGUUCGUGCGCCCGGCGUGGCGCCAGCCGCCCAACGUGCGCGACGCCAAGCAGCUGCUUGAGUACUACGCCGGCAUGUUCCGGCCGCUGAUCCCGCUCGCAGGCGGCUACCGCGUGAGCUACUUCAACGAGGGCGCGACCAGCGUGCUCUUCCUCGUCAACAACAUCCGCAUCGGCGACACGAGCCGCUACGGCAAGACCGGCUGCAUGCAGCUCCCCUCGGAACUCCUUCUGCGCGUCACGGUGCCCUGGGCACCCCACUACGGCGUCGAGAACGAGGUCGCCACGACGCUGUACGUCGGUAAGCUCGAGAUCCCCGUGCCCAAGAUCUACUUCUUCGACUCGUCGGGCUCGAACCCGCUGGGGCUGGACCUGAUCCUGCUGGAGCGCAUCCCCGGCAUCCCCGCCGAGGACCUGCUGCAGAAGCUGCAGAACCCCCAGGGCCCGUACAAGGGCAAAAACGUCGACGCCGGCGAGGUGGAGCGCGGGCUCGCCAGCGAGGCCGUCGGCUACCUGAGCGAGGACCUCUGGGACGCGUCCAAGACGUUCACGCACUUCGGCAGCCUGUACCGCGACUGGGGCCACGCCAAGAACUUCUUCGUGGGGCCCAUGAUCGACCACCUGCUGUUCGCGCCGACGGUCGGCGGCAUCUGCAUCGACCGCGGGCCGUACCCGGACUGGCUGUCCAUGUUCGAGGGCGCCUUCGAGUACCGCAUGGGGAUCGACUGGGACAAGAUCCGCGCGGCGGCGCCGCAGGACCACCGCGGCCAGCCCAAGGUCGCCGCCGACGGCCGCAAGACGGGCGCCGACCCCGCCGAGACCGAGAAGCGCGUCCGCGCGCUGUACGCGCGCACGCAGAAGGAGCUCGCGGCGCUCGGGGCCGCCGACGACGGCGAGGCCGUGGCUAUGAAGCCGCGCAUGACCCACGGCGACUGCCACGGCGGCAACGUCAUUGUCAACCCGCCGCCCGACUCGCGGAUCCAGGCGAUUAUCGACUGGGAGUCGGCGUCGAUUCUGCCUGCGUGCAUGUUCCCGCGCCGCCCGGACAUCGCUGCCGGCCAUGGCUUCGAGGCGCUGCCUGAGACGAAGACGCAGACGUCUACGACUUUUGGAUACUGCUGGUCCGCCCUGUACACGAUCAUUGAUUGA